AAUUUUUUGGAAGCCAGCAAAUGAUUUAUAAUCAACGCUUACUAUUUUACUACACGAAAAGUAUAAAUAAACAAGUUCAAACUUGGGCUUGUUUACCUUUAUAACUUUUUGUAUACAAAACCAAUGUCUUCUCUCAGCAAUAUCAAGCUCCACUAUUUCACCGUUGUCAAAGGAAGUCCUGUUAAGGGUCGCGGAGAACACGUCCGUUUGUUACUCGAAGAUGCCGGCGUUGAUUUCGAAUACGUAAGACAUACCGGUGAGGAAUGGGGUGCAUUAAAGCAAAAGUUACUCUCCGAAAAGAUUCGUGCACCUACUAUGCCCUUUAUCACCAUCGAUGGUAAAUACUAUGGCAAGACCUUUCCUACCAUGAGAUAUCUUUCGAAGAAACUCAACAAGUAUGAAGGAUCCAACGAUGACGAGACACAACUCUUGGACGUGUAUACGGAUAUUGUGGGUGAUUGGACCCUCAAGUGGAGCGCUUCCAGUUUCGGUGCUUUUACUGAAGAGGCUAGCAAGAAUUACAAGGAAAAUAUUAGACCCCAAUUCCACAACACAUUCAACGAUAUCCUUUCGGACACAAAGGGUCCUUUCCUCUUGGGUGAAAACAUUUCUUAUGCCGAUUUUGCUUUGUAUCAUAUACUUGAGGAUGAUAUUGAGGGUGAGGUGAAUGUUAAGACCCUUCCUUAUCUUUCAGCCUUCUUUGAAGCUGUUCAAAACAGACCCAAUUUAAAAACCUACUUGGCCACCGAUAGAAAGUAGACGAAAUAUACCUCUUCCUUUUUUUAAAUGCUAAAUAAAUCAUACUGGCUGCAAACUAGUACUCUUUUUUUUUCGCAA